AUGAAGCCGAAAUCGGAGCCCAUGAUUGAACACAAACAUCUCUGGUGUUUCUUCAAGCCCGGCACACUGGUUCAUGCAGCUUUUAACGAUGUUCACUUAGAGGGGGAUGAAUACUUCCAGGGGCAACCCAUUUCCAAAGGACUGUUUCGAUUUCUUUCAAUUACUCCGACUUUUGAUGAGCGCUUCAGGGACACUGUCAAGACGUGGAAUCUCAAGUUGGAAUAUAUUGAUUACACUGGAGAAAAGCAUGAGUAUGCCAGCUUCAUUCAUCACGUGCACAAAUACGAGGGGCUCAAGUGUUUGAAAGACAUCAACCCGACACCUCUCGAGUUCCACCCCGAUGCCGAAGGGAUCAUGGAGGAGUGUCUACGGAAGGGGGAAAAGUUCGUCUCCCUCUGUGGUAUUCAUUACCGUUUCACUGCUGGAGUUGGGCGAUAUCCAAGCCAGAGUCAAUCGGAUUCCAGCACCUGGAACAGAAUAAUGGAACAUCGUAUUAUGAUAGAUUUUGCCACCUUUUGGGAAAAUCCAGCUUCUAUGCCGCAGUGGUCUCGUCCUCGCAAGGGUCUCAAAACUGGCAACGAGAAAACUCCAGAUUUAUCAGAUGUUGAAUUGAUGCUGUGCACCUCCUCAGUUCCGGGGUUUUCGUUCACCUUACGACAAUGGGGUAUCUUCGAUAUUGAUGACAUACGAGAAAUUGAUUUCAAUUUGAAUGUGUUUGAGCAGCUCUGCAUACCCGAAGAGCGAAAGGACUUGAUUCUAUCCCUAGUAUCACAGCACGAUCAAGGCUCUACUGCUUUCGAUGAUAUCAUUCAAGGGAAAGGCAAGGGCUUGAUCUUCCUACUCCACGGGCCUCCGGGAGUCGGUAAGACAUUGACAGCAGAGAGCAUUGCGGAUCAUACUCGGAGGCCUUUAAUGGCUGUCAGUUCUGGAGAUCUGCUCGGGUACCCAAAAUCCGUUGAGCUUGUGCUCAAAGAUAUAUUCCAGCAGACAAAGAGGUGGGGAGCUCUGGUCCUUAUCGAUGAAGCUGAUGUUUUCCUACAACAGAGAGACAUGCUUUCAUUGGAACGUAAUGGACUUGUUUCGGUCAUGUUACGAAUCCUAGAAUACUUUGAGGGCAUCUUGUUUCUUACUACUAAUCGUGUGGAGACCAUCGAUCCCGCCUUUCGAUCCCGCAUCCACCUUGCCCUCUACUACCCGCCUCUAUCCACUGACUAUCUGCGGAAAUUGUGGAAGAAUACCAUUAUUAGAGCUUGUAAUAGCAAGGAGCCCACCUGGUUGACUGAAGAAAUGUUAGAUUUUCUUUCGAAAAGCAAGGUCAAUGGAAGGGAUAUUAAGAAUAUCGUUCGGAUGGCACAUGCCCGAGCUACCAAUAACAAGAGACAGAUGGAAUCAAAUGAUAUUACAAUAGGUUUGGGGGCAUUGGAGGAAUUUUCAGAAGACUUCUAUAGGCAGAAGACCAAGCAGGGUCCUUUGCAGAGUGUUUGUUGCUCGCAGGACUUGGCUUGUUGA